UCUAACCUCUAAAUACAUUGGGUAUCGCACAAUCGUACUCCCGGCAACCGACCAAACCGAUAGCUUGUAGCUUGGACUUGGACUCAGCAAUCGAUGAACCUUUUGUGUCAUCUUUCGCUCGAAAGAUCUUAUCAAUGUCCAGCUCGUUGAAUCUUUCCGUUUAUCUUCCGUUUUGCACGAAGUAUCAACGUACAUUUGCAAAUAGUUAAUUGAACAAUAUAUUGUUCGGCGACGUUGGAUGAUACAGAGUAUUCAAAAUGGCGAAAAGUAAAGCACAGGAGAAAGUCACCAAGCGCCAGGUCAAACCUAAGACAAGUAAAAGUUUACGAUUGCCAAUAAAUUUUAUAAUCGUCACUGUGAGCAUGGCUGUUGCCAUUUGGUUUGGAUACAAGGGAUACCUCGAAACGAGAGUUAACACUCCAUAUAAUGUAGAAAAGCUAGUUACUGCAUCUGGAUUGGAUGUCCCAGAUAGAUAUUGGGGUACCUACCGAUCUGGUGUAUAUUUUGGCCUAAAAACUAGGGAUCCGCAUUCCCUGGUGACUGGCUUGAUGUGGUAUUUUCCACGUUAUCUACGUCACGAUGGAAGCGGAUUUAGACACUGGUGUGAGCAGGGUGAUGAAUUAGAAAGAUAUGCAUGGUUGGAGCAUGACGGACGAACAUUUGGCGUUCAGGAAAUAGUAGAUUCUCCCGCAAUUAUAAAAACAACAUUUGUCAAGAGACUCGGUGGAUACCAUGGUGGUGACUGGACUGCAAGAAUUGCAGUGUCAUCAAAGAAAGAACGAGUUAGCGAAGAAAUGUCGCUAUUAUUUUAUACUGCUAUUGAGGAAGGCACGAAAGGUUGGAUAAAGGCUAAUUUAGGAGACUAUAACCGUUUGACGGGAAUAGAAGGAAAUACGCAAGGAUUGGGAUCUUUUGUUAUAAAUGUAAAUUUAAUAAAUGGCACCGUGGAAGAGCACUCCUUCCUAGCGACUGUUGCUCCCGGUUUAAAUGUAUUGAAAGAAACAGUUUUGCAAAAUCUUCGCAUUGCAACCCAUAAAGGGUCCAUGGAGAAGCACGUAGUUUUAGCUGGCGAACAAUUGCCUUUGCUGCCUGAAGGUAAAAAGAAGGAUCCGAAUUUCAUCGUCACCCAAGUGACGGGAAAAAUCCCAUUUGAAAUCGAAAUUAGUUACGAGUCUGGCAGUUUUAGUAACAGGAUAGAUAAAUUAACGGGCGACAAUUACGACGAGGCUCUUGAGAAACAGCGGGAACUGUUUUCGAAGAAAUUUGAAAGUGUCUUCAAACUGAAGUUCAAGGGAUACACGGACGACGAGGUGGCAUUCGCGAAGAUGGCGUUCUCGAAUCUUAUAGGCUCAAUAGGUUACUUUUAUGGAACGUCGCAGGUGCAAAGUAAGUAUACUCAGGGACCCGUGCCUUACUGGAAAACAUCUUUGUAUACCGCUGUACCAAGUAGAAGCUUCUUCCCACGGGGUUUCCUGUGGGACGAAGGAUUUCACGGUUUACUCAUUUCGACCUGGGACACGGAGAUAGAAUUAGAUAUCAUAAGCCAUUGGUUCGAUUUGAUGAACGUUGAGGGCUGGAUACCAAGAGAAAUGAUCCUCGGCCAGGAGGCUGUGGCCAAAGUACCCGAGGAGUUCAUAACUCAGAUCAACACGAAUGCGAAUCCGCCGACAUUCUUCUUAACGUUAGACUUUAUGCUCCGUAAAGAAGACUUGGUGAAACAUAAUUUCCGGUUGCUCGACAAACUAUAUCCACGACUGCAGACGUGGUUCUCAUGGUUUAACGUCACGCAAGUCGGCGAGCUGCCCAGUACGUAUAGAUGGCGAGGUAGAGAUGAGAAGACUAGCAAAGAAUUGAACCCAAAAACGCUCACAUCUGGUCUGGACGAUUACCCCAGAGCUUCCCAUCCGAGCAUUGCCGAGCGUCAUGUCGAUUUACGCUGUUGGAUCGCAUUCGCUGCUCGCGUUAUGGCUAGAAUUGCUGAAACAUUAAGCUAUUCUGCUACGAAGUACCAAGAAACAUUCCAGUAUCUAUCCGACAAUAACUUGUUGAACAAACUACACUGGUCGCCAAAUGCGCAAGCAUAUUCCGAUUACGGCUUGCACACUGACAAGGUGGUUCUACGGAAGCUCACGCCACCGCCACCCCGUAAACAACAGGCUAACGUGCCACCGCCAGAAAUGAUGCGCGUCGUACUGGAAAAUCCGUCUUUGAAGUUUGUCGACACGACUUUUGGAUACGUAUCAUUGUUUCCUUUUAUUCUGCAAAUUCUCGAGUCCGACUCACCGCAACUGGGAAAGGUCUUGCAAGAUCUGCGAGAUCCCGAUUUGCUAUGGACUAAGUAUGGACUGCGUUCGCUUGCGAAAACGUCGCCUUUAUAUAUGAAAUACAAUACGGAACAUGACGCGCCUUACUGGCGCGGUCCCAUCUGGAUGAAUAUGAAUUACUUGACAGUGCGGGCUGCGUAUUAUUAUUCGAACGUAACGGGACCGUAUCAGGAAAGCGCGAAAAGAAUAUACCAAGAGUUGCGAAAGAAUUUGAUACAAAAUAUUAUUAUGCAAUAUAGAAAGACUGGGUAUUUGUGGGAGAAUUACGACAGCACGGAGGGGAAGGGCAAAGGAAGCCACCCUUUUACCGGCUGGACUUCUUUGGUUGUAUUACUUAUGGCAGAAAUCUAUUAAGUGUCGUGCUCAUUAAAUCUGAUUAUUUAAAAUUAUUUCUGAAAUCAAAACACAUUACAGUUCACUCUUAUCAGAUGUAUCUAUUGAUAGCACUUUGGGUUUAGAUUAGGCAGAAAAAUGGUAAAUGCUUAAUUAAAUUGUUUUGUUAUACAUUAUUUUAUUGUGUUAUAUGUGUAUACUACGUUUUUAUCUUUUAUAUGGGAAUUAUUGUGUUGUCUGUGUGAAAGGAAAGCAUUUCUAAAUAUGUUAAAUUAUAAAUGUACUAUAGAUGUAUGAUACUUGCACAUACCAUUUACAUUAAUUGGAAAGAUGAUAUCUUGAUGGCCUGAUAUUCUUGAUAGCUAAAUCUAAAUUCUAGAUUGAAGGUAACUGCAUCUUUUCUAAUAAAAUCGCUACUUAUAGUGUUUCUAUAAAUAUUAUAAAUAAGCUAUUUUAAUAUUAUAUAAUAAUUUUUCAAUUUUUGCAUUAUUGUUAUACUUGUCAUAUAAGAUAUUGUAUGUGUGUGUACCACAAUAUCGUGAUUUAAAUGGAAUAUUCUACAUUCUUAUUGAAGAUAUGUUUUAGAUAAAUUAAAUUAUUUUCACAUUCUUGAGUUUAGUUUUCUUAUUUUGUUAAUAUUAUGAACUUUGUAUGUAUAUAUACAUAUAUAGAUACCAUGUGAAACGUUUUAUAAAAUUGCACAAUGGUAAUGAUACUGUAAUUAUCAAGAGGAAAGAAGUUAGAUCCUGGCUGUGAUUCACUGAAAACUCAUAUAUUCUAAUUUUAAACUUUUUGAAGAGUGCUACGUUUUAUCAUUGUAGCAAAAUUUGAAACACAACACUUAUUUUUAUGGUUGUCUAAAAAAAGCUCUUGCUAAUCUAACUAACGUUUUCUAAAUCCUUUUUAAGAUGAAAGUUACGGCUGCAUGUACCAUAAUAAAAUAUUCACACUAAAACGAAAAA